GCGUUUGGCGUAGAUCUCACGGUUACUCUGUGUUGGUUUUGCUCUCGUCAUUACCAACUUCAUGUCGACUUAUCGCUCUUUUGGCGCCCAGGAUAGAACUGAUAGCCCGGUUCUUUCGUCCAGAGGUACACAGAGAAGCACCCUCUCUGCGUCCAAAGUCAGGCCAUGGUUUGACAACGAAGGCUUGGAACUUAUAUCUAACCCUGGAAGUGGCAAUGGAUCACGUCGUCAAACUCCUACAUCGCCAACUGAAGCAGAAAUUAAACCAUUCAAACCCACUAAAAGUAGUUUGCAGCACUUUUCAGCUGAUGCGUCUCUUUUAAAUACGGGAGAUAUCAACGCUCUUGAUGACGAAGGCCUCUCUGCUCUUCACCGAGCCAUCCGUCUUGACGACCAGGAGGGUGUAAUGUCUUUGUUGGAUCAUGGUGCGGACGUUAACAUAUCAGGCACCAGUGGACAUACACCCCUCCAUGCUGCUGUUAGGUUUGAAAGAUCUACGAUUGUCAAACUUCUGCUGCAAAGAAGAGCUAAUCCUUUAAAAGAAAACGAAAAUCACGCGACCCCACUUUGUUUAGCUGCACAAAAGGGUUUAACAGAGAUAACUCGCCUUAUGUUGGAUGACUCUAGAGUGGGGCCUUCCGCGAUAAACAAGGGAGAUAUCACGCCUUUUCACUGCGCCUGCUUAGGUGGAAAUCCGGAAGUGUGUGCAUUACUUUUUGACAGUGGUGCCGACAUAACAUGUAAAGUAUUUGGCACAACCCCCGCCCUAACUUUCGCAGCUUGGCAGGGCCAUGAAGAGGCUUGCCAACUAAUCAUCGAGAAAGCUUCUAUAAAACUUCCAUCUCUAAUUGACUUUGUCAACGAACGAGACGAAGAGGGAAAAACUGCUCUUCAGAAAGCCUGUGUUGGUGGUUACGAAGGACUAGUUGACUUGCUUAUACGUAAUGGCGCGGACAGUAAUGCUGUGGACUGGGUAGAAUGCAUGUCUCCUCUCCAUUUAGCAGCUAAAUAUGGUCACUUGGCGGUGGUCGAACUUCUUAUCUUAAAUGGGGCCGUUAUUGACGCCAGAAACGGUCGCCUGAGGACGCCCCUACACUGUGCCGCAGAAUUCAAUCAUGGUAGGAUAGUCGAACUACUUUUGGAGAUUGGGGCUGAUGUAGAGGCCCGGGACACGGCAGAGAUGACACCAUUCCUGCUUGCAGUGACCCAUGCUGCAAGCCACAGUGUACAGGUUUUGUUAGACAACGGAGCAGAUAAAACAGCCGUGGACUCUUCUUUAAACAGCUGCCUUCAUUUGGCUAUCAGUUACUGCAAGACAGAGAUGGUGAAAAUCUUACUAGGGAAAGACAAGGAUAAACUGUUACAGCUCAAGGACAAAAAUUUGAACACUGUGUUCCAUUUAGCUGCUGGCAAGAAAGGUUCAGAGAUUUUGGAAAUUCUUCUGCGAGAGAAAGAGAAAGGAUCUUUAUGCCAGCGUGACGCAAAAGACAGGCUUGCCCUUCACAUCGCGGCUGAAAAAGGCUCAAUCCACUGUGUCGAGGCUCUCUCCAGGUGCCCUGGAUUUUCAUUUCACACCCAACAGGCAGAUGAGAAAGGAAGGACACCUCUUCAUUUAGCAGCUAGCAACAAACAUGCGGAAACAUGCAGAGUCUUACUGAAAAAUGGCGCCGAAGUUUUUCAAAUGGAUUUGAGAGGUUUCACUGCGCUUCAUCAUGCAGUCGAAGCUGGAUCAUUGCAGACCGUUCAAGUUUUGCUGGACUGUCGUUUGCCAAGUACUUUAGAACGAGUAGAUUUAAACAACAACACACCACUUCACAUAGCGUGUAUGCACAAUCAUCCCGAUAUUCUAUGUUUCCUGCUGGACCGAGGAGCUAACGUUACAGCCAAAAAUAAAAGGAACAUGACUUGCCUUGAUGUGGCCAUUGAAUGGGAAGCUAGCGAAGUUGCCACGACGUUAAUGAGGCAUCCAAGAUGUGAAGAGGUGCUCAUUUACUCACCUGACGAUGGUGUCUGCUCAAUGGACAAAUUGAUCGAAAAGCUGCCCAAUGUGGCAGAAAUUGUCCUUGACAAUUGCAUAACUUACAGUCCUCUUCCUCCAUCACACGUAGAUUUUUCUGUCAAGUUCUACCUCAUUCCUCUAGAUCCGUACACGAAAUAUGGAUGCAGCAAUUACUUUGGACCAGCGUGUAUGGCAAAACAUCGGCGAGAAAAGUUGCUGAAUCACAAUGUCACCCAAGCUUUGCUGAGAUGGAAGUGGAUGGUACUUGGGAAGUUUGUUACUUUCUUCAACGCGUUAGUAUUUGCUGUUUUCGUUGUCUUGUUUUCAAGCUUCAUUGUCAAAGAAAGGGAAAAGGUUAAACUUUCACACUCUUCGAAGAAUGAGAUAACAAUUGUUGAGGACAAUGAUAGCUUCCUGAACCAGACGCCAUGGAUCAUUAUUGUGUUUUUAGUUCUGCAGCUCAUCAAAGAGCUUGUCCAAAUGUUUUGGCUUCGGUUGUUGUACUUUACAGAUCUCACAAACUUGUUUGAACUGAUCAUGUUUGCAUUCGUGUGGAUAUUCACCCUCCCAUCCGUAUCGGAAUCGUGUUCGUCUUUGUUCACCACAGCAACGCGAUGGUCAGCUGGGGUACUGGGCUUAUUUAUGUCCUACAUCAGUUUGACAUUAUAUUUUCGUCGUUUUGGGGGACUUGGCUUGUACGUAACGAUGUACGUUGAAGUACUCUUCACCUUUGUCAAAGUGAUAUCUACUUUCAUGAUCGCCCUCACUGGUUAUGCGUUCGUUUUCUUUAUACUACUAAAAGAACAGGGUAACUUCUCAGAUUUUUGGUUCUCAACGGCAAAGAUCCUGGUGAUGAUGGUUGGGGAACUGGAUUAUACAGACAUACUGGUUGAACAUGUUGUAAACAACCAGACAGUACCAGGGACAAGUUUCCCAUAUGUUCCUCUGCCGAGACUGACAUUUGCUCUCUUCUUAGUCUUCAUUCUGAUGGUCUCCAUUGUGCUGGUCAACUUGCUGGUUGGUUUGGCGGUUGGAGACAUUGAGUCUAUCCAAAGGACAGCAAGUCUACGAGCCUUAAUAGACCAGGUGUUUUUAGUUGACACCAUCAUGAAAUCGUAUCCGAGUUGGAUUCUGCGGAGGAUUCACAAAAGUUCGUUGGAAAUAAAACCAAAUCAAAACAGUUUCUUAAAAAGGGUCCUCCUCGCUGGCUCGGAUCUUUCAGCUCGGGAGUUCAUGGAACUGCUUCUAAGUCGCAAAUCAGGUUCGACCACCCCAGCGGAGGAGUGGCGACAAAUUGAGCUGGCAAGGGAGGAAACACAAGGAGAGAGCAUCAGAAACCUUCAGGCCACGGUAGAAGCACAAGGGAGGCUUCUUCAGGCGAUGGCUGAUAGGUUAAGAAUAUUAGAGUAAAAUGUAAUUCCACUGAAAGUUCCCUCUUUAAGAAAAAUCUAAAACACCAGCUUAUGCUUCCCAUCAGUUGUGAAACUUCUUUAGAAAUUUUUGUUAAAUGGUCUGCCAAUAUGGAGGUAGCACUAUUCACCGCAAGCUUUUCGUCUAGUAAGCCGGAUUCUUAAGACGCUUACUAGAAUACGCUUUGUAAAAAUUGAGUAUUAUCAACUAAAGCUUUCAAGAAUUUAUUCCCCGUCAGCUUAUUAUAGACCUUUUGAGUUACUAAUAUAACUAAAGUUAUGCCGUCA